UUCAGUCAGCUGUUGUGAAGCCGGUAGUAGGGGCCGCGCGCUAGGGAGCCUGCGCCGUCUGUGACGUCACGCACGUAAUUAUCUCAUUGAGCCGAGCGCGCCCGAGCGCGCCCGACGCCACCCGAAGCCGACCACAGCCAACCAGUGCUACAUGUUUUCUAGUACGCGGCCGACACACACCACGCUCGAACGUUCCGUCGUUAUUUAUAUCGUGAAACCAGUGCAGGCGGUGCCUGAUAGAUGCGACGCGAGUGCCGUUACGCUAACAGUGAAGUGCAUACGAUUUCGUUUCGCCCUCGUUUGUGUUAGUGAUUUAGUGAAGGUGAGCAUUCCUCCGACCGAGCCCGCGGCCGGUCGUCGGUCGAUGAGCGCUCCCGCUGACGCCAAGGAGCACAUUGAUCGAGCUCGAUCCAGCAGCCUAAUGGCGAGUGGAUGACGAUCUCGGCCCGCUCCCCCGACAACGAGCCGUCGCCGCCGAAGCAGAUCAACCUCGCCGAGCCGCUCGUCGAGUCCGUGCGCGUGUACCUCGCCAAUGAGCUGCCCGACAAGCAGCUAGCGCUGUCCGCGGACCCGCCGCCGCCCGGCGAUGUCGACGUCGACAUAGCGCAGCACACCGCCCACGAAGAAAUCAAAGGCAUUAACUUCGAGCGCCUCAAGCGGAAUGACCUGAACAACAACGCCUCUCGAACUGAAGGCGAGCGGCCGAGUGCGAACCCCGAGAUGCCCAACCAGGCGGAGCUGAUGCAGCGCCAGCCGCUGCUGGCGCGCGCCGCCAAGAACGACGCUCCCGCGCCCGGCACCGACGAGUCCGACCCCGACCAGGAGCACUCGCCGGCCCGAGGCGACUUCAUCGUCGAGAUCCCGCCCGGCGCGCGCGAAGAGCGCUACCCUAAAGAGAUAUGGAAAACUAUCAUUUCCUUCUUCUUCCUGUUCCUAUGCGUGUGCAUCAACAUGAUGUCGCUGUCGCUGGUGCACGAGCGGGUGCCGGACCGCAACACGACGCCGCCGCUGCCGGACAUCUGGCUCGACAACGUGGCGGCCCGGGACUGGUGCCUCGCCGUCUCCGAGUACCUCAUCAUGCUGUCGACGACGGUCGCCAUGCUGGUGGUGGUGUUCCACAAGCACCGAUUCAUCGUCGCGCGGCGGUGCUUCUUCAUCAUCGGGCUGCUGUACCUUUACCGCUCGGUGACCAUGUUCGUUACCGUGCUUCCGAUGUCGAGCUCGACGUACUACUGCAGCCCGAAGAGUAACAGUACGACGCCACUGUUGGUGGUGAAGCGCAUGUUCUACCUCAUCUCCGGGUUCGGCCUGUCUAUCAACGGCAAGCACACGUUCUGCGGAGACUUCAUCUACUCGGGGCACACGAUGGUGCUGGUGCUGUCGUACCUGAUCGUGGCGGAGUACUCGCCGCGGAAGCUGUGGCCCGUGCACUGGGGCCUGUGGGGCGCGGCGAUAAUGGGCGUGGUGUUCGUACUGCUGGCCCACGGGCACUACACGGUGGACGUGAUCAUCGCGUACUACGUGACGACGCGGCUGUUCUGGACGUUCCACUCACUGCUGGUGACGCCGCACCGGCACGGGCCGGGCCAGUACAUGAUCCAGCGCGAGUGGUGGUACUGGCUGUUCACGUACCUGGAGCGCAACGUGCGCGGGCCGGUGCCGCGGCGCUACGACUGGCCGCUGCCGUGGCCGCGCAGCAAGCUGUUCAGCCGGCUCAGCUAGUGACGGGAGGGCGCCCCGCCGCCCGAGCGCGUGUGACGCACCUUCUGCGAGUGCCGGCGCAGCACCUGCAGCUCCUUGGGGCUGGUGCGCGUGCACACGGCUAGCGUCAGCGUGUAGUCGAACUGGUGCACGAUCAGGUUCAGAUACACGGUCUCCUCCCAGUCGAUCUCCGGGUCGCCGAUGGGUAGCUUCUUCGAGUCCUUGCGGAACACCUCCACGUCCGUCUGCAACAGACAGGCCUUGACAGAAGGGGUCGGACGAGUGUCCUAUGUGAUAACCGAUAAGUGAGUUUUCCUAAAUGUCUAGUGCAAACUGUUCUAUAAACUCGUAUGCUUUUAUUGUUGAAUAGUAUAAGAUUUUUAUUUACCGAGGACUAUUAUCGAUCGGACAAUCAAUCAUGAACAGCCAUCUGUUGUUAAAUAUAUAAAAAAUCUUUUUUUAAUAUAAAUUAUAACUUUUAUAAGUGGUUAUGGAGCGUGAACGUGAAAUGUGGAAAAGACGCGAUAUUUAGUAACCAAAUGUACUGUGAUGUGGAAUGUCUCCGAGGAUGCAUGAGCAGCCUGCGCCGCUAUUAAGUACAUACAUAGCAUAAUAAUGAGAAGCCUACUAAUAAGAAAUAAUAUUUUUAUAUUGUAUAAAAAUAGAAUACAUACUGUUGUUUAAAGCUACUUUUUGUAUUUCCAAAGAAUCUAAUAGAAUUUUGUAACGUCAUCCAAAUGGUGCUAUACUAGAGUUAUCAGCGAGCCAUCGCUGCCCCCAGUCACAAAUUAGUAUUGACAUCGUAUUUAUAAAACGCAUUUUUAGAACAAACUAUCAUAUACGUCAAAUCAACGAAUGAUAAGCAAUUGCGAGGACAAAUUAUCUCUUUCGAUUUGGGGGCCGAUUUUUAGAUUACGAUGGCGCAAUUCUAUGCAUUUCUUUUAUUAAUUAGGUACUUAUAUCCACUUCUAGGCAUUUAUAUUCGACUGUUACAGUUCAAUGCAAGUAAGUAGUAAAUUCAACUACAUCGUAAAUAGUAUUUGCCGUUUGCAACAGAUUUUCUAGUGAUGGAAACGAGCGCCCCAAAUUCAAAAAUCGGUCCCUAGAAUCCACGAAUGCCCGUAGUCCGUAAACGGCAUUACAAAUUAAUAUAAAUAACUCAAUGCAAAGAAAUAAAUAUUAGCUCAACCUGAUUAAAUAUUGAAUUGAAUAAUCUAAUCGUCAAAUGUUAAUUGUUGUAUAAUGAAAUCCUGCGCCGCAAACAAGUCGUGGUAUCACUACCCAGCACAUUUGUGCUGUGCUAGCGAUAGCGGCUAGCUGAUAAUACAAAAACAAAGUCUAAAAUUACCGCGAAUUUUAAAAUCGAUUUAUUUGCUUAUAAAGUCAUCUUUUCAUCACACUUGCUCGUAAAUUGGCAUACAGUUGAAGAGGCUAGAAAGUGACGAGUGAGUAGAUGGUAGUUAGUGUGCUAUCCGAUUGCUGCCAGUUGGCGGAUACCUACAGCUCUGGUUUCCUAGGAUAGCUGUACGACACGAUAUAUCCGUCUCCGUACAAUGUAUGGAGUGAUGGAUGAAGAAACUUUGUAUAGAGAUGGCCGCUAUUUAACGGCACUUCUAUUCUAGAACCUUAAGCUUAGCCCUGGAGCCGCUUCCUUCAAAUUCAUCGUGACCAUGACGUCACGAAAUCGUGGGACGUUCCCCGAUAGUCAACUAGAAACGAACGUAACGUAUAACUGUUAUAUAUACAAUUCAUAUCGCAAUUUCGGUUGCAACCAAGUUCACAUUUAUAAAAAUAUGUAUUUAUACCUAAAAGGCCUAAUAAUACCUACACAUUUUAUCUACCAA